AUAACUUGACAUGGCGGAGUAAUCAGCUGUUAAUUGCAAUGCCAACGAAUAUGUGUAAAUUGUUUAAUAAUUCGUGAUUGUUUAUUGUUCAAAUAUAUUUUGAAAAAUAAGUUUAAGUGUAUAGUUCCAGAUGUGUUAGUGAUAUUUCUUAUCUUAAAACAUUUAUUGAAAGAAACAAAAAUAAUGGCGCGGUGUCAUCUGUCAGCUUCAUUCAUCCAUUGUAGUUCAGAAAAAAUGUGACUUGUGCGCUUUGUAACUCUGUUUUUAUUUCUCGGGUGCUAGGUGAACAUUUAGUACAACCGUUAUAUGAUGGUUGCAGUUAGUUUUACACGAAAUGCAUGAUACAACGUUGCAUAAUAAACUGGUACUCGUACAUGAAAGCAUCGUUUAUUGAGGCCUAUGAGAAUUCCUCGACAAAGAAGCCGAGCGGCGUCAGAGAACAACCUUGGUUGUUUAUGUGUAGUGUCAGAGUGUGAUCGUCGGGUGAAAAGAGGGUUAUAAGGGCUGACAACAAUGUCGGGGCGGGUACGGAACAAGUCUGACUGUCCUGUGGGGAAGCAGGGUCCGAUGCGGGCGACGUUGCCGGUCUCGUCGGUGAUGAAGGGCGGGGGGCUGAAGAAGAGCACCGCCAACAGCCCGACGCUGUCGCCCACGAACGUGUGGCGGCGGAUAUCGCCGGAUCACGCCCUCUCGGGCCAGCGCAGUCCUGGCGCGGUUAACUAUAAGGGUAAAGGGAGGUUUGGUGCGAGUGUCAUCAGACGCACGGCUUCAUUGGACACACUGUACCACAAAGGCCAGUGGUCACGGGACUACUAUCUACACGCAGGACAGCUACAAGUUGACAAAUCUACUCAAACUGAUGAAGGCGGCGGAGCAUCGGGGCGGUCUUCGAGAGGAUCCGACGACGACAAACUGGACAGAUUCCUUCGCAGCCGUCUGCAGCGGCCGCACAAACCUGCUACCUCAGACUCGGCGCACUCCAUGAGCCCUGGCUUUUGGUCACGUUUCGGUAGCGGCAGCGUGCCGCUAAGGGCAGCGCGAUCGUCCGUAGAAGGUCUCAACCAGGAGAUCGAGAGACUGGUCCUAUAUCCGGCCAGCGGCACCCAAACGCCGCAUCUCGACCGGCUAAAAGACAAGGUGACGCCCGAGGGCCAUCGCGCUCCGCUAGCCGAGCUCCUCAGGCGCUCCGUCAACACCCAAACACCGCACGACCUUUGCCAUACUGCUCACUCAUCAGGCGGCAGUGUGUGUUCGUCUCCGGACCUGGACGGGGGCAAGCUCGGCACAUCUCCACAGAUAAACCGCUUCCUCGCCCGAGAACCGCCAGAUGGUUGUGAAAAGGUGAACCUGAAGGGGUUCGAGUGCUCGUACCCGGAGCCGGGGCCGGUGGUGGCGCCCGCCGUGCCCGGCUUCACGCUGCGCCCGUCGCUGGGCUCCGCCUUCCAGCCGCUGCACGCCGCCUCUCCCUCCGCCUCCGCCGAGCCCGGCGACCACUGA